CACAUGUGACCGUGACAUCACCGGGCCCAUUUUCAACUUAGAACUAGCAGUGACCGAUUCCUCAGCAUCUCUACCUGUGUGGUCUUGCCGGCCCGUUUAUUUAAUCAUCCCGGCCUCGCCGCCUCUCGCACAAUGGAUCCGAACCGGAUUAUCCAGGCUCUGAGGGGAACGAUCGACCCGAAGAUGCGCCUGGCGGCAGAGACUGAACUGAACCAGUCCUACAAGAUCAUCAGCUUCGCCCCGACCCUGCUGCAGAUCAUCGUGUCUGACCAGGUGGAGUUUCCAGUGCGCCAGGCAGCGGCUAUUUAUCUAAAGAACAUGGUGACUCAGUACUGGCCAGAUCGGGAGCCGCAGCCCGGGGAAGUAGUUUUUCCAUUCAACAUUCACGAAAACGACCGCCAUCAAAUCAGAGAAAAUAUCGUAGAAGGAAUAAUCCGCUCUCCAGAUUUGGUGAGGGCGCAGCUGACUCUCUGCCUCCGAGUUAUGAUCAAACACGACUUCCCAGGCCGCUGGACCGGAGUAGUGGACAAGAUUGGCUUAUACCUACAGUCACAGAACACUGCCAGCUGGUUGGGCAGCCUGCUCUGCUUGUAUCAGCUUGUGAAGACGUAUGAGUACAAGAAGGCAGAUGAACGGGCACCCCUCAUUGCUGCCAUGCAAAUCUUCCUACCUAGACUCCAGCAGCAGAUUGUCCAGUUACUCCCAGAUCCCUCCCAUUACUCUGUGCUCAUGCAGAAGCAAAUACUUAAGAUAUUCUAUGCACUUAUCCAGUACGCCCUUCCACUCCAAUUGGUGAACAACCAAAUGAUGACACAAUGGAUGGGGAUUUUCAGCGCGAUCGCCGACAGGGAUGUCCCUCCGGAGACACUGCAAGUGGAUGAAGACGACCGCCCGGAGCUGAUCUGGUGGAAGUGCAAGAAGUGGGCUCUUCACGUCAUCACCCGUCUAUUUGAACGGUACGGGAGCCCCGGCAGUGUCACCAAAGAAUAUUUUGAAUUUUCAGAGUAUUUUCUGAAGAACUAUGCCGUUGGAGUUUUGCAGGUUCUGCUGAAAGUGUUGGAUCAGCACAGACAGAAACAAUACGUGGCACCUCGCGUUCUGCAGCAGACACUCAAUUACCUGAACCUGGGAGUGUCACACGCAGUCACCUGGAAGCAGCUGAAGCCACACAUAAAGGGCAUUUCGGAAGAAGUAAUUUUCCCUCUGAUGUGCUACAAGGACGAGGAUGAGGAUCUGUGGCAGGACGACCCCUACGAGUAUAUACGCAUGAAGUUCGAUGUUUUUGAAGACUAUGUGUCCCCAGCGACAGCAGCGCAGAAUCUUCUGUACACUGCUUCCAAAAAGAGGAAAGAGGUCUUGCCGAAGAUGAUGACUUUCUGUUACCAGAUUCUCACCGGCACCUCAGUAGAUCCAAGGAAGAUGGACGGAGCGCUGCACGUGGUGGGGUCCCUGGCAGAGAUAUUAUUGAAGAAAUCAGUGUACAAGGAUCAGAUGGAGGUUUUUGUUCAGAAUCACGUCUUUCCACUCUUUAUGUCGGAGCUGGGGUAUCUCCGUGCCAGGUCCUGCUGGGUCCUCCAUUCAUUCAGCACCUUAAAGUUCCACAAUGAAAUGAACUUGCGGAACGGAGUUGAACUGGCUAAGAAGAGUCUUAUCGAGGACAAGGAGCUGCCGGUGAAAGUGGAGGCGGCCAUUGCUCUGCAGUCACUGAUCAGCAAUCAAAGUGCCGCUAAAGAAUACAUGAGGCCGUACAUUCGUCCCGUCAUGCAGGAGCUACUUCAUAUAGUGCGAGAGACGGAGAACGACGACCUCACCAACGUUAUUCAGAAGAUGAUCUGUGAAUACAGCCAGGAGGUGGCGCCCAUUGCUGUGGACAUGACGAGACAUCUAGCCGAAAUAUUUGUCAAGGUCCUGCAGAGUGACGAGUACGAUGAAGUGGAGGACAAGACAGUGAUGGCUAUGGGAAUCCUGCACACCAUUGAUAUUGUACUGACUGUUGUGGAGGAUCACAAGGAGAUAAAACAGCAGUUGGAGGGGAUAUGCCUGCAGAUCAUUGGACUUGUGCUGCAGAAGCAUAUCAUAGAGUUCUACGAGGAGAUCCUUUCUCUGUCCUACAGCCUGACCAACCAGACCAUCUCCCCUCAGAUGUGGCAGUUACUUGGGAUCCUGUUUGAAGUCUUUCAGAGGGACUGCUAUGAGUAUUUUACAGAUAUGAUGCCUCUUCUUCACAAUUACAUCACUGUGGAUACAGAUACUCUGCUGUCAAACCCCAAAAAUGUGGAGAUUAUCUACACCAUGUGCAAGAAGGUAUUAACUGGGGAUGCCGGGGAAGAUGCUGAGUGUCAUGCAGCCAAACUCCUGGAGGUCAUUAUUCUUCAGUGCAGAGGCUGUGGGAUUGACCAGUGUAUCCCACUCUUCGUCGAGGCUGUUCUGGAGAGGUUAACACGAGGGGUUAAGUCUAGCGAGUUGCGCACUAUGUGUCUGCAGGUUGUAAUCGCUUGUCUCUACUACAACCCUUCCCUUCUCCUAAACACCCUGGAACAGAUGCGCUUCCCCCACAGCUCUGAACCAAUCACUGCUCAGUUUAUUAACCAGUGGGUGAAUGAUACCGACUGCUUCCUGGGGCUGCAUGAUCGGAAGGUUUGUAUAAUAGGACUGAGCAUCCUAAUAGAGCUUCCCAACAGACCCCCAGCCGUCAGUGCUGUGGCAUCUCUGCUUGUCCCUUCCAUAUUACUUUUAUUCCUUGGCUUGAGGCAAGUGUGUGCCACCCGGGACCACUCGGAUCAUCGGACGCCCUCCCGGGUUCCAAAGGCCGAAACAGAAGAGAGCGAGGAGAUUGCAAGUGACGAGGAGGAAGCCAAUGCCCAUGCCAUGCAGCAGAACGCAGGGGAAGAUGAAGAUGAGGAAGAUGAGGACUGGGACGAUGAGGUUCUGGAGGAGACUGCUCUGGAAGGAUUUAGUACCCCUCUCGACUGUGACGAUGCACUUGAUGAAUAUCAAUUCUUCACCAACGCUUUGCUAAAUGUACAAAGCAGAGACGCCUCCUGGUAUCACUCGCUAACAGAGAAGCUGAGUAAUGACCAGAAGAAGCAGCUGCAGGAGAUCUACACGUUAUCGGAGCAGAGGAGAAAUGCUGCAGUUUCUCGGAAGACUGAACAGCAGCUCUUGGCACAGAGUUUUUGCGGGAACCAGCUUGGGCACCAAUGAAUGAAGACCCCCCCACUCAUCCCCACCAAGGCUGCAGGGCUUGUACAGAAUACUGACUUAGCAAUGAGGUCAGGGGUUUAAAAACGGGGCAAGCUGAAGUUGCAAAAGGUCACCAGCAUAAAACUGGCAGGUUAAAUCCAGGAAGCUGGUCCUUGGCUCGAGUCUGGGAGUUCCGAGGCUCAAGUGACUAUGAUUUUGGAACGGAAUUUAGAACCACAUAUGAUAUUGGUCGUUGGAUUUCACUGGAAAAUGCUUUGUCUGAGCACCAUGCUUGAUCCUUACUGUCUGUAACUGCAUUGGUUAUUUCCAACCUACUCAUCAAUAUUAAUCUGCUGUGUGUCCUGCGUCUCCGCCAUCGCUGGGCUAAACCAUUUCAGCUUUCCCAUUUGGAGUUAGCAGCUUCCAGCAACCUACUCUGCUCCGAGGAGCAUUCAGAUGACACUACAGCUCUAUUUGCAAAGGGGGGUAAUUCACCUUAAAAUCAAGAAAGUGACAUUCUGAGACAAUUUGCAACUGGUCUACUUUAUGUUUCCAAUUUUGUUUUGGAAUUAUUUACCUUUCUCUAGCUUGGAUUUUUAUAGCAGCUAUCUGGUUGCUAGAGUCUAGUUAACCCUAGCAACCAGGCAGGGGUUGGAAUGAGACAUGGGAAGACAAAAAGAAGAGGGAUUGCAUGGAAAGAGAAGUAACAAUAAAGUUGUAGCCUGCACAGAGCAAUAGUUUUUUGUGGUUUCCAGGGUUCGUGACCCUAAUUUCAAAGUAUAAAAAGAGGAAAAAACUUUUUCAAAAGACCAAUGAAAGUUGCUAAGAAUAAAUUAUUCUGUAAUCGGAUAUAUACAUAAAACAUGAACUUCCCCUUUAAUGUUUCGGUUUCCCACAUCCCAGGGGAUCAUUAGCUGUCGACAGCCCAGAGAAAAUUAAUGAAUUGCUGGGAAUAUGUCAUUGUGUGGGAAUGUAGUUUAUAUGUGUCACUGCUUGUUUGGGUCUUUUGUGUGUACAGCGGAACCCAAAUACAUGCACUCUUGUGUUUACACUAGUCACUGGUCUGUUGGAGAGCCAAACUGUAAAAUUCAUAUUUGCUCAAAUUUAGUGUUUUAAUAAACCUUGUUUUUUUUCUUAUGUUUCAAAAA